AUGUCUCAAUCAGACGAACAGUCUACUGUUCCGUUCAUCAAGAUGCAACAUGCGCAGCCAGAAUUUAGAUCCGAGGGACCCAAACCCAAGAGAGGUAUACACUAUAACUGAUACGAUAGCAUAUAUCGAACUAACCCUGACCAGAGCACGAUCCCCACAAGAAAUCACCUACGACCCCCGAACUCCCAGUCGAAAUCCAGCUCAUAAUUUACCUCAUCUCAUGCCACGCAACAGGCUCUUCAAACUCCCCCAAUCCUGCUUUAGACCCGUCCUGUACAGUCAAAUUCGCGCGCAGUUUCCAUAUGGUCUAUACACCCCACCGGAACUACCGCCCUUCUAUCCAUACGACAACAUUCACAUCCGCAAUGCGGGUUAG